UUCAUCCGUCUUUCUCUCUGGUUCUGCAGGUCGCACAUUAUUUGAGCCUGCCUUUUCUUCAUCUCAUACAUUUGACGGCAGUUUCCCUGAGGCUGGCCUUCGCCAGCAUGUCGGACGUAGCGACCGCCCAAGUGCCCACCGGGCCACUGAGCAACCCGCAACGACGGAGGAGACCGAGACGCCGAGUUAAUGAACAAACUAUCUCCUCCCAACCGAAUGACUCGGCUCAGGACGUACAAGCCCCGCGAGGUGCACGACAGGGUCGGGGCAGAGGUCACAAUCAUGGGGGCGCAAGAUCACAAUCACUUAAUCCGGAACGGGUCCAAGUAGCAGAAAGCCAGGCACAACGUGGAGCCAGAGGAGGUCGAGGGGGACUUCAGAGAUCCCAGCGUGGGCGUGGAUUGCGUGUUGGGCCUGGAGGACGCCAGUUCGGAGGGCAGUUGACGGAUGGCACCCAACCCGCUUCAGGAACCUCAACGGGUUUGCAGCCCGAUGCGCCGGAAUUCCUGCCCGGACAGCCUGUUACUGUUCGUCAGCCGUCUCCGCCUUCAGCACGGAAUCGGGAAUCCCAAGCGCCCAAGUCCACUGCUCACGAUAUCGCCACGCGAACGCACGAAGACAUCGACAAUGAGCACUACGAAUGCGCCAUCUGCUACGACAAAGUGAAAAGGAAGUCGAAAGCCUGGUCCUGUAGGACCUGUUGGACAGUUUUCCAUCUACACUGCAUCAAGGCUUGGUCAACCAAGGAAGGAGCUGCUGCCGCGCGACAACAGGCCCAGAAUGGCGAGCUGCCACCCCCGCGACAGUGGCGUUGCCCCGGGUGUAAUCUUCCCAAGGACGUGUUACCCGAGAGCUUUAAUUGCUGGUGCGAGAAAGAGAGAGAUCCUCGUCCUUUGCCCGGACUUCCUCCAUUCUCGUGCGGCCAAUCCUGCUCGCGGCCUCGUAUCCUGCCGAAGAAGUGUCCGCACCCAUGCCCUUCGAUCUGCCAUGCUGGCCCCUGUCCGCCCUGCACUCAAAUGGGCCCUACCCAGUACUGUUUCUGCGGGAAACACUCUACGACUAGGAGGUGUGUCGACACCGAUUACGAAAAUGGUUGGAGCUGUGGCGAUGUUUGUGGCGAGCUCAUGCCUUGUGGAGAGCAUCACUGCUCCCGACCUUGUCACGAAGGGCUAUGCGGCGCCUGUGAGGUUCGAAUUCCUGCUCGCUGCUACUGUGGCCAGGUGCAAAAAGACAUUCUGUGCUGCGAUCGAGGGGAUGAGCUCGAGAGUAGCCUGUCUCACAUUGCAGCAGAUGGAACAGUGGCUGUCGAGCAUUGGACAGGUUUGUUCGAAUGCCCCAAUACUUGUGGUCGCGCAUUCGAUUGUGGGAAGCAUCGCUGUGAAAAGUCAUGCCACCAGCAAGAGCCUCAACCGUCCCACUGCCCUCGUUCUCCAGAUAUUGUCUCGCACUGUCCCUGCGGCAAGACACCCCUUACCGAGAUAUCCGAUAAGACGCGCCAGAAUUGCGAGGACCCUAUCCCCAACUGCUCAAAGCCUUGUAGGAAGGUGCUCCGCUGUGGGCAUGAAUGCCAAAAGGCCUGCCAUCAAGGAGAAUGUCCGCCCUGUCUGCAGAAGAUCUCCAUUGCCUGCAGGUGUGGACGCACCACGUCUACCUCUAUUUGUCAUCAGGGCGUGGAAGAGCCUCCGCAGUGUAUGCGAGUGUGUCGAGUAUCUUUGAACUGCGGAAGGCAUGAGUGUGGAGAGCGAUGCUGCCCAGGUGAACGUAAAGCUGCUGAACGACAAGCGAACCGACGGAAGCCCAGGCCGCUUGAUUCUGCGCCACGGAGACUGGAGGAUUCAUACGAGGCAGAGCAUAUAUGUACCAGAACCUGUGGCCGCCCAUUGAAGUGCGGGAAUCCGGAUCACCGUUGUCAAGAACUUUGCCAUAAGGGUGCUUGCGGGACGUGCCGAGAGGCGAUCUUCGAUGAAAUCAGCUGUCAUUGCGGUCGCACCGUACUCCAACCUCCAUUGCCAUGCGGCACCAAGCCACCUCUCUGUCGGUAUAACUGCGAACGUCCGAAAGCAUGUGGGCAUCCGCAGGUUGCGCACAUCUGUCAUCUGGAUGAUGAAGAUUGUCCCAAAUGUCCUUUUUUGACCACAAGGACGUGCCUCUGCGGGAAGAACGCAAUGAAAAACCAACCUUGCUGGCUGACUGAUGUCCGUUGUGGACAGGUGUGCGGACGCAGGCUCAAAUGCGGUGCUCAUACCUGUCAGAAGCAAUGCCAUCGUCCUGGAGAGUGUGAAGAACCAUGUACGCAGGUGUGCGGCAAAGAACUAACGACCUGUGGCCAUCCAUGUGCCGCUCUUUGCCACUCUCCGUUCCCAUGCAAGGAGGACAAGCCUUGUCAACAUAAGAUUCUCGUCACGUGCGAAUGCCAGCGUAUCAAACAGGAGUCGAAAUGCAACGCAUCGAAGACCAGCGACGGAAAUUUGAAGAAGACACUCAAGUGUGAUGACGAGUGUGCACGGCUGGAACGCAAUCGCAAACUAGCCCUGGCACUCAAUGUCGAUCCGGCAAUGCGGCAAGACGACUACAUUCCUUACUCUGCCGACACGUUGAGGAUGUACAUGGAGAACUCCACCUGGGCCGCCGCGCAAGAGAAGGUGUUGAGGCUCUUUGCCGCGAACCCAGACGAAAAACGGUUACGUUUCAAGCCGAUGCCUGCACAUCAGCGAGCGUUUUUGCAUUCCAUCGCAGAGGACUUUGGCUUUGACUCCGAGAGCAUGGACCCCGAACCGCAUCGACAUGUUGCAAUAUUCAAGACACCCCGAUUCGUAAUGGCCCCGAUGAAGACGCUGGCCGAAUGCGCUCGGAUCCGGCAGGUGCAGCGGGUUAGUACCCCAGCUGCCGCUCCCACUCCUCCGUCUCGUCCCAAACCGAGCUCGGGCGAUCCAUAUAACGCCUUUGUCAUCACGAAUCCCCGCUUCGCGUUGACGAUCGAUGAGGUUAGCGCUGUCGUAAAGAGUGCUCUACCGAAGACGAAAUACCCCAUAGAGCUGGAGAUUCACUUUUUGCCAAGCGAAGAGGUCACCCUCCAACCACCCCUUAUGACCAGAGCCAAUGUCCUGGAGCAAGAUCUCCAAACCAGAUUGGAGGCUAUCAAGCCUGUACUGGCUCAAGCGGUUGCCUCGCAACAGCUGGGUAAGCUCCAACUGGCGCGAGUGGAUGCCUCAUUGAACGUCCUGCGAAGGGAAACCGACGCCAGUCCUGGUGCAGGAUGGAGUCAGGUUGCUGCUGCCAGGCGAGUAGCUCCGAGGAGAGUGGAAGAGGUCGCUCCUCUGGGAAGUAAGGGAGGAUUUGCCGUCUUGAGCCUGAGCAGCACGAAGAAGAAGAAGAAGGAGAAGGAGAAGCAGUUGGCCGAGGUGGCAGAUGAUUGGGAGGCUGCCGAGAUGGAGGAGGAGGAGAAGGAAAGGGCCAGUGGCGCCAGCAGCGAGGCCAGUAGUGCUAGGCCUUCGCUGGAUGGUGCCGGGGAUAUUGAGGUGGCUACUAAGCCUGGAGAGCUGCGAUGGGAGGAUGAAGUGGUUUAGGCAUAGACACUGUGAGAUCGGUUAGCGUGAGAAGUUUGACUGAUGGUAAAGGCAGUAGUUUGAGUAAUGCAUAGAACAGGUAUAUACCCACUUCAUAGACUCGUAAUGAUGAAACCAGAGGUCAUUGUCCUUUGGAGGGAUUUUCAUAUU